AUGAAAUGGAUUUCGGGAGAUGGUGAAGGGGAAGAUGAAAUUCACACUAUUGUGUUGAAGAAAUCAGUGGAUGAGAUCACAUGCUCUGUUUUGGUUGAGCGUGCUGAUACAGAAGCUAUUGAUACAGAGGCUAUUGAGACAGAUGGUGGUGAUGAAGAAGGUACUGAGAAGGAUGCAACUGAUAAUGAAGGUACUGGUGGUGUGCUUACACUUUACGAAGACAUUGAGAUGCAUGAGAAUGCCACCGAAAGAGAAGCAGGACCCUCAGUUGAAGUCACACCAGUUGUCUAUAAGGAGUGGGAUGAUGGUAUGGAUUUGGUUUUAGAUCAAGAAUUUAGAACCAAGGAGGAAGCGCAAACUCAUAUUCAGGCGGCGUCACAUGUGAAGUGUUUUGAGUAUGAGGUAAUUAAGUCGGAUACUAAGAGAUAUGUGAUAAAAUGCCGAGGAGCCAAAGAAGGCUGCAAGUGGUUUGUGCGUGUUGCAAAGUUAACGAAUUCAGAUCUUUGGUCAGUUAGAAGUUACAUCAAGCAGCAUAGAUGUUCUGUUGUUACCACAAGAACACUGCCUAAUAGAAGGAGAGGCACACAACAAAUCGUUGCAUCUAUCCUGGCCCAAGAUUAUCCUGGAAGUUUUGACACACCACGUCCCAAUGCUCUGAUCGAUUUGGUUCAUCAGAGAGUUGCUGUGGAAGUAUCAUACACAACGGCAUAUAGAGGAAGAAGACUAGCUGCUAAUAAAGUGAAUCCUGACACAAUAACUUGUGUGGUUGUGGAUGAGGGCAAAAAAUUUAAGUUUCUGUUUUGGGCUUUAGGAGCUAGCAUAGAAGGAUUCCGCGCGAUGAGAAAAGUCCUUGUUGUGGAUGCAACACACCUGAAGACUGUUUAUGGUGGAGUGUUAUUUGUUGCGACUGCUCAGGAUCCCAAUCAUCACCACUACCCAAUUGCGUUUGGUGUUGCAGAUGUGAUAUCGGAUCUCCCUGGAUUGGUGUUUCUUUCGGACAGAAACAAAGGCUUGAUCAAGGCAGUACAUCAAGUGUUCCCUCAGGCCGCUCAUGGUUAUUGUAUAUGGCAUCUGUCUCAAAAUGUUAAAGGCUACGUCCGUAACAACAGAGAAACAUGUGCAUUUAAGUUUAUGGAGUGCGCACACGCUUAUACAGAGGCGGAGUUCUUGGUCCUUUAUGACGCUUUUGGCAGGAAAUAUCCUAGUGCAGCGGAGUAUCUUGACAAAAGUUGUGAACAAAAGAAAUGGGCUAGAUGUUACUUUGAAGGAGUUAGGUACAAUGUUGACACCACCAAUUCAGUAGAAUCUUUUAACGGUGUUAUUAAGGACGCAAGAAAGUUCACCUUACUUCCAAUGUUUGAUUUUAUCAUUGGAAAAAUUGUUGAAUGGUUUAACAAGCACAUGAAAGAGGCAGCUGAAAUGCCACCCGCACUAAAGCUUGUGCCUAUUGUGGUGGAGGAAAUGUCUAACAGAUUGACGGGAAGCGUUAUACCGUGGACAUGGCUAUGA